CUCUCUCUCUACAACCUUCUCUCUCUAGACUCUCACUCCUCUCCCUCUCUCUCUCUCUACAACCUCUCCCAUGGAUUCCUCCUUCGCAACCAUCGCCGUUAGAGCCACCUCCUCCUCUUUCUCCUCUUCCUCCUCACCUUUCUUCUCCGUCUCCCCGAAUCUUGACGCCAGCCCUAAACCGCCAUAUCUUUUCAAGCUCCAAUCCCCUAAAUUCCGCAUCUUCAGAACCCUCAAAUGCGUUCAGAGUUUCAACACCCCGCCGCCGCCGCCGUCGUCGUUCUCGUGCUCGGCGGUGACCUUCUCUCCGUCGCAGACCGCCGAGCUGGCGCUUCAUAAGCUCCGCCGCCUCGCCGCGGAGUUCCGCGCCCUUCCGGAGCCGAUCGAGCGGGUCGAGCAGCUGCUGCACUCCGCCAGCCUCCUGCCGCCGCUCGCCGGAUCGGCCCGGGUCGACUCGAACCGAGUCAUGGGGUGUACGGCCCAGGUGUGGCUGGAGGCGAGCCUGGGCGGCGAUGGACGGAUGAGGUUCGCCACCGACAGCGACUCCGAGAUCACCAGGGGGUUCUGCUACUGCUUGGUCUCGGCGCUCGACGGGGCGUCGCCAGAGGAGGUUCUGGAGGUGAAGACCGAAGAUUUGGGGGAUCUGAACGUGGGGAUUCCUGGUGGUCAGAGGUCUAGAGUCAAUACUUGGCAUAACGUUUUGAUCAACAUGCAGAAAAAGACUCGAGCUUUGGUUGCUGAGAGAGAAGGGAAGGCUCCGAUUGAUCUGUUCCCUUCGCUGGUCGUCGCCGCCGAUGGGAUUUCCGCUAAAGGGAGCUACGCCGAAGCUCAGGCGAGGUUUUUAUUUCCUGAUGAGAUUAAGGUUCAAGCACUGGUCAACCUGUUAAAAGAGAAGAAAAUUGGGGUGGUUGCACAUUUCUACAUGGACCCUGAAGUUCAAGGCGUGCUAACUGCUGCACAGAAGCAGUGGCCUCACAUCCAUAUAUCUGAUUCGCUGGUAAUGGCAGAUUCGGCUGUGAAGAUGGCGAAGGCUGGAUGCAAAUUCAUCACGGUUUUGGGUGUCGACUUCAUGUCUGAAAAUGUUCGUGCAAUUCUCGAUCAGGCUGGUUUUCCGGAGGUUGGUGUGUACAGGAUGUCAAAUGAACGUAUUGGUUGUUCUUUGGCAGAUGCUGCUGCCACCCCUUCUUACAUGAGUUAUCUUGAAGCGGCUUCUAAUGCGCCUCCUUCGUUGCAUGUUGUCUAUAUAAAUACUGCACUAGAGACAAAAGCAUUUGCUCACGAGCUUGUGCCAACAAUAACCUGUACUUCUUCAAAUGUCGUGCAAACCAUAUUACAGGCUUUUGCACAAGUUCCAGAUUUACACGUAUGGUACGGGCCUGAUUCAUACAUGGGUGCAAAUAUUGUGGAAUUGUUCCAGCAGAUGACUAAGAUGGCUGAUGACGAAAUUGCUGAGAUACACCCAGAACACAAUAGGGACUCCAUAAAAUCAUUGCUACCUCGCCUGCAUUAUUACGAGGACGGAACGUGCAUAGUACAUCACCUGUUUGGACAUGAAGUUGUGGAGAAGAUAAAUGAAAUGUACUCGGACGCCUUCUUAACUGCUCAUUUUGAGGUCCCUGGGGAAAUGUUUUCUUUGGCAAUGGAAGCAAAGAGAAGAGGAAUGGGGGUAGUAGGUUCUACCCAAAACAUACUAGAUUUCAUAAAACAAAGGGUUCAAGCGGCUUUAGAUAGAAAUGUCAAGGACCACCUCCAAUUUGUGUUAGGAACAGAAUCAGGAAUGGUGACUUCAAUUGUUGCAGCAGUUCGUGGUCUGCUAAAUUCAUCUCAAAGUGGAGAUAAAGUUAAGGUAGAGAUUGUGUUUCCGGUUUCAUCAGACUCAAUGACGAAAACAUCAUCAAGUUCAUCCGCAGACCUCAAAUCGAUCAAAAUGGGUGAUGUCAUACUACCUGUGAUACCUGGAGUUGCUAGUGGGGAAGGAUGCUCUAUUCACGGUGGCUGCGCAUCUUGUCCAUACAUGAAGAUGAAUUCUCUCACUUCCCUCCUAAAAGUUUGCGACCAUCUUCCUGAUGAGACAAACAGCCUUAGCCCAUAUGAGGCUCAGCGAUUCAAAUUUCAAACCCCGAAUGGAAAAUUGGUCGCAGACGUUGGGUGUGAACCAAUCUUGCAUAUGAGACACUUUCAGGCCGCUAAAAAACUGCCAGAGAAGCUAGUUACUGACAUCCUCCAACCACACAGCAAUAGAAGAUAAUUGUUAUUGAGUUGAACUUUGAAGCAAACUUGCUCAGAAACGACACUGAUAAUGGCUUGCUAAUAUUUAGACAAGCCGUCAAGUCAAGCACACAUUCCAAAAUCUGAAAGAGGCCGUCUUCUAUGGCGGCUUUGGCUUCCCAGAGAUUUUGUUGUCGCAAGUUUUGUCGAAUAAAAGCCUUCUCAAGUUCUAUUUAAUUUCAUUAGUGAUUAUACCUGAAAGUCUUCAGAUAUAUAGUGAUGGAAUGAAACGAGAUAUCAAAAGAUCUUGUUCCAUCUGUAUAGAUAUCUAAUAUAUAGUGCAAGUCUUAUUGAAUGACUGAGGCGCCCAGUUGGGGCAAUACUAAUGACUGUAUUUGUUGAUUCUAUGCCGUACCAGAAUAAAAGGACGUUUUAUGGUGUAUCA